GUAAUCUCUCGGACAAUCACAAUCACUUGCACAAACAAAAUGCUCGCUAAGUUCGUUAUCCUCAUCGCCCUUGUGGCUGCUUGUGCUGCGGAUUUCUCCCAAUUCUCAUACGGCGUGGCGGACCCUUACACCGGUGAUUUCAAGAACCAGAUCGAGACCCGCGCCGGCGACAGAGUCCGUGGCCAGUACUCCCUGCUUGACGCUGAUGGCACCCGCAGGACUGUAGACUACGCCGCCGGUGCUGAGGGCUUCAACGCCAACGUGAGGAAGGACCCCGCCCUCAUCCCUGCCGCGACCGCAGCCUACGCUGCUCCCGCCUACCCAUACGGAUACGGAUACGGAUAUAACGCAGCUUACGGGUACAACAAUCUUGGCUACGGAUACAACAACGCGGCGUACGGAUACGGCGCCUACGGAUAUGCUUCUCCGUACGCUUUCAGAAGAUUCUACUGAACUGACAAUUAUGGCUUAGUGUAUAUAAUUUUAAAAUAAA